AUGGCGACAAUGCGCGCUGUACUCUUUGACAAGACUGGAGGCCCGGAAGUACUCCAUGUCGCCGAAGUUCCAAAGCCGGUCCCGACACCGGACCAGGCCCUGGUUAAGAUGGAAUGGGCAGGCGUCAACUUCAUUGACACUUACCACCGGACUGGCCUGUAUCCCAUCAAGUUGCCUUUCAUAACCGGCCGGGAUGGUGCCGGUGUUGUCGAAGCCCUGGGUUCUGAUGUCUCGCCAGAUUCGGGCAUCAAGGUUGGAGAUCGGGUUGCCAUCUAUGACUCAAGCACCGUGGCCCAGUAUCUCGCAACUAAGGCCUCUCGUCUUCUGAAGCUGCCAGAGGGCGUGGACACUCGGGCCGGUGCUGCCCUCAUGGCUCAGGGUCUCACGGCGUGGACUCUCGUUCGUGAUGCCCACGAGGUCAAGCCUGGAGAGGUGAUUCUGGUUCACGCCGCAGCGGGGGGGACCGGCGGCUUGUUGGUACAGAUGUGCAAGUCGCUCGGGGCGACUGUCAUUGGAACGGCGUCUUCUCCGGAGAAGAUCGAGAUUGCGAAGCAGCAUGGCUGUGACCAUGUCAUCAACUACUCCGAGAAGAACACGCUGGAGGAGGUGAUGAAACUUACAGACGGCAAGGGCUGCCAUGCGGUCUUCUCCGGCAUUGGUCAGGCAACUUUCAAAGACGAUCUGGAGUGUGUUCGAAGGAAGGGUUCCAUGGUCACGUUCGGCAACGCGUCAGGAGCGGUUGAAGGAUUCCGACCGCUUGAGCUGGGCAAGAAGAACGUCAAGCUGCUUCGGCCCAGGCUAGAUGCGUAUAUCGUGGAUCAAGAGGAAUUUGAUCAACGUAGCAAGGAGCUGUCAGAGUUGAUCGCCAGCGGAGCUGUGAAGCUCACAUACGGAAACGAGUAUUCCAUGGAAGAAGUUGGUCAAGCCCACAUAGAUUUGACAAGCAGAAAGACUACGGGCAAACUUUUGAUCAAGAUUGCGUAA